GAGUCUAGGGUUCCUGUUUCCCUUGUUUCCCUUACCAAAACCAAAAGCCACUCUCUUCUUCUUCUUCUUACCCUCAACAAACAAAACUCUUAACCAUGGACGGCGAAACGGCAUCGGAAUCCGGCCUAACACUGAUAAAGCAGCUCGCAUCUUGCAACAAUGGCAGCCGCGGCCGGGCCCUUAGGGUUCUCCUCAAGACCUGGCUCCCCACCCAGCUGAACCUCUCCGACGACCACAUGAAGAAGCUCUGGAAAGGCCUCUUCUACUGCAUGUGGCACGCCGACAAGGCCCCGGCCCAGGCCCAACUCAUCGACCGCCUCUCCUCCCUCGUCCCCAGCCUCCACCUCCCGCUCGCCAUCGACUACUUCUCGGCGUUCCUCCUCACCAUGCGCCGCGAAUGGUCCGGCAUCGACGCCCUGAGGUUAGACAAGUUCUACCUUUUGAUUCGUAGAUUCAUGGCUAGCUUCUUUGCUUUGAUGAGGAAUAAUUCUUGGGAUUUGGAGCUUGUGAAAAAAUUGAUGGGGGUUUUAAUGGAGGGGAGUUUUUUCGCCGAGGAUAAGUUUCCGGCGAAAGGGGUUAAUUACCAUAUUGCCUCUGUGUUUCUUGAGGAAUUGAGGCCGUUUAUGCCGGUGAGGAAGGAAGUGGUUGACGUGGUUUUGGUGGAGUUUGUUAGGGUUAUGGCGAAAGCCAAUGAUAAGGUGUUGGUGGGGAAGGUUAAGGGGAGUAUGUUUGAUGUGUUGCUUGGGAUGGGGAGGAGGCUGUUGGAGGUUAGGAAGUUGGGGGAGGAUGUGGAUUCGGGGGAUGAUGUGGUGGUGUUUGGGUCGGUUGCGCUGUGCUUGGGGUUUUCGAGCAGGUUUCAUGAAAUGGGGGAGUCCGAGGAGUGCUGUCAGGGGAAUAGGAAGGUGUUGUUUGGGUUGGACGAGGAGUUUUUGAAGUUGGAGAAGGAGUUGGCGGCUUCUGGGAUUGAGGUUUUGAUUCCUGAUGCUGUGAGGAAUGACGGUGAUGAGGAAGUGCCGAGUUUGAUUCCUAUUGUGGGUGGGGGGAUGGAGGUUGACGGCUCGGAACCUGGCGAGGUUGCCAAUGGGUCUGCUGGGAAGCCUUUGAAGAAGUGCAAGAAGCGAGAGAAGGACCCUGGUGGUGCUGAUGUUAAGGCAGAGAAGAAGAAGAAGAAAAAGAAGAAGGAGAAGAAGCAGAAUGGGAUUUUGGAUUCUGACCCUGAGAAGAGCCAUACGGAUAGGGAGAAUGAGAAUGUGGAUGCAAAUGGUGAGAACCCAGAUAAUGAACAGGUUACCGAUGGUGAUGAGAUAAAACUCGAUGAUUAUGCGAUCUCCAACCUCCAGAUGCAGUUUGAGAAGAUUGCUGCUGAAGCAGGCUUGGAUCAUGAUCUUCCAAGUGCCUGUGAAUUGCCGACAGCUACAGCUAAUGGUACUGUCUCUAAGAAGAGAAAGAGAGUGAAGAAAGCUGAUGAAGUUGUGGAGGAUGGCACCAAGGCAAAGAGUGGGGAGAAGAGUGCAAAGAAGGUAAAGUUUUCCAUGAAAAACAACUUGGUGUGGAAGCCACAAAGCCCUUUACCCCCUCAAAAUCUAAGAUUGCCCCCGUCUGCUACACCUAGAGGAAGUGCACUCAAGCAAGGAGUACCUCCAGGUCCCGUCAGGGAAAUGCCUCCCCCAACCAAAAAAGUGAAAAGACUUGUGAAGAAGACUCGGAAAGUUGUCAAACGCGUGAAGAAGUUGAAAUCUCGUUCUCCUUAGGUAUUGUUUUACAUGGUCAUUUUAGCUGAAAAAUUUGUUCUAUGUUUAGUUGUCACUUGACAUACACAUAUAAUGAUUUCCCUUUUGUGAUCUUCCUUGUUGCCCCUCUUAUGUUGGGUUUUUGAUAUUCAACAUUGGUAUUCUCUUAUUCAUGAAAUUGAAUGAAAUGAUGCAUUCUGACA